CAUUUCUCAUGGAGAGAGAGAGAGAGAGAGAGAGAGAGAGAGAGAGAGAGAGAGAGAGAGAGAGAGAGAGAGAGAGACUGCGGCAAGUCGGCUUCAGCUCCCCCAAAACUGCUAUAAACAAGCAGUCAAAAACACUGCACAUCCAUACUCUCCAUCAAUCUUCGGUUCUCCACCAACAUGGCUUUCUUCUUCAUCCGCAUGGUGCUCCUAACCUUACUGGCUGCGACAUGUGCCACCACACUCACCGCACCACCCAAUUCCACAGACCUCGCUGCGCUCCUCGCCUUCAAAGCACAGGUCAAGGACCCCCUUGGCAUCCUUGCCAGCAACUGGACUGCCACUGCAUCCUUCUGCUCGUGGGCUGGGGUAUCAUGUGACCGCAGGCAGCGCGUCACCGGUCUUGAGUUCAACGACGUGCCACUGCAGGGCAGCAUCGCGCCACAGCUUGGCAACCUCUCCUUCCUCUCGGGCCUUGUCCUCAGGAACACCAGCAUCAUGGGUUCCAUGCCAAAUGAGCUUGGCAGUCUGCCCUGGCUCCGAAAUAUUGAUCUUUCAUACAACAGCUUGUCAGGUACAAUCCCCCGCAUCCUUGGCAACCUCACUAGGCUCGAGAUGCUUGAUCUUGCUAGGAACAACUUCUUUGGGGGUAUUCCACAUGAGUUGCAAAAUUUGCACAGCCUUCAGUUAAUAAGAUUGCUAGGUAAUGACCUCAGCGGAGCAAUUCCGCAGGGCCUGUUCAACAACACACCCAAUUUAAAAACAUUACAUCUUGGGUCGAAUAGGCUGACAGGAGCGAUUCCUGGUAGCGUCAUCUCGCUGUCAAAGCUGGAGUUGCUAGUCCUAGAACGCAAUCUUCUAUCAGGACCCAUGCCGCCUGCUAUCUUCAAUAUGUCCCAGCUUCAAGGAGUAUAUGUCUCACGGAACAAUCUCUCAGGUUUGAUUUCUGAAAACGAGAGUUUUCACCUACCUAUGCUGACAGCUCUCUCCCUCGGUGAGAACCACUUCAUUGGUCCGAUCCCUUUGGGACUCUCUGCAUGUAAGAGCCUUGAGACUCUCUCCCUUGCUGUGAAUAAUUUCACUGGUUCUGUGCCGUCAUGGCUAGCAACACUGCCAAGCCUCACCAAAAUAUACUUGUCAACCAAUGACCUCACUGGAAAGAUCCCAAUUGAGCUGAGCAACCAUACUGGGCUUCUGGGCCUAGACCUCAGUGAGAACAAUCUAGAAGGGGAAAUCCCCCCAGAACUGGGACAGUUGAGAAAUCUCAGGUUUCUAAGCUUUGCAAACAACCAAAUAACUGGUGUCAUUCCAGAAUCCAUAGGCAAUCUAUCUAACCUUACCCAAAUAGACCUAUUCGGAAACAGGUUGACUGGACCAGUGCCAAUGUCAUUUAGAAACUUGCUGAACCUCCGUCGCAUUUUUAUCGACGGGAACCAACUCAGUGGGGAUCUAGAUUUCCUGGCUGCACUAUCCAAAUGCAGGAGCAUGACUACCAUUGGCAUGUCAAACAAUGCAUUCGUAGGGAGGCUACCACCCUACAUGGGAAACCUUAGCACAGUGCUUGAAAAUUUCGUAGCAGAUAACAAUAAGAUCACUGGAAGCAUCCCUAGUACAUUGGCCAAUCUUAGCAACCUAUUGCAACUGUCCCUCAGUGGAAACAACCUGACUGGGAAUAUCCCUGCAUCAAUCACUGCAAUGAACAAUCUCCAAGAACUCAACCUCUCCAACAACAGUUUGUCUGGCACCAUUCCAGUAGAAAUCAGUGGAUUAACAAGACUAGUUAGGUUGCAUCUUGAUGGCAAUAAACUAGUCGGUUCCAUUCCAAGCAGUGUCGGUAGCCUAAGCCAGCUGCAAGUUAUGGCAUUAUCCAAAAACUCACUGUCUUCUACCAUUCCAAUAAGCCUGUGGCACCUUCAGAAACUUCUUGAGCUUGAUCUGUCACAGAACUCUUUGAGUGGUUCCCUACCUGCUAAUGUUGGAAAACUGACAGCAAUUACCAAGAUGGAUUUAUCAGGCAACCAGCUAUCAGGUGGCAUCCCGAUUUCCUUUCAAGAACUCCGCAUGAUGAUCUAUCUGAAUCUAUCCAGAAAUAUAUUCCAAGGAUCAAUACCAGAUUCACUAGGAAAGUUGCUCAGUAUUGAGGAAUUGGACCUCUCCUCCAAUGCGCUUUCUGGUGCCAUUCCGAAGUCCUUGGCCAAUCUCACAUACCUUGCCAACCUGAAUCUUUCUUUCAACAGACUAGAGGGGCAGAUACCAGAAGGAGGCGUGUUCUCAAAUAUCACCCUCAAAUCAUUGAUGGGCAACAAUGCACUCUGUGGACUUCCACACCAAGGAAUAGCACCAUGCCAGGAGAACGCUCACUCAAGGUCAAAAAAACUGCUCUUAAAAGUCAUAGUACCUGCAGUGGUGGCACUUUUUAUUUCAGCCUCUUGCUUGUUCGUGUUGGUUUCAAGAAAGAUACAUAAUAGAGGAAAGAUAUCAUUACCCUCAGCUACAGACUUGCUGAAGUACCAGUUGAUCUCAUACCACGAAGUUGUCCGUGCAACCAGUAACUUCAGUGAUGAUAACCUGCUAGGGGCUGGAACCUUUGGUAAAGUCUUCAAAGGUCAGCUAGAUGAUGCAUCUUUCAUUGCAAUAAAGGUACUCAACAUGCAGUAUGAAUAUGCUUCCAAGAGCUUUGACACAGAGUGUCGUGCACUGCGAAUGGCUCGGCACCGGAACUUGGUGAAGAUAAUUAGCACUUGCUCCAACCUCGACUUCAGAGCACUAAUCCUUGAGUUUAUGCCCAAUGGUAGUUUGAAUGAUUGGUUGCACUCAGAUGAUGGGCAACAACUCAGUUUCAUCCAAAGGGUUGGUAUAAUGCUGGAUGUUGCAAUGGCAAUGGAGUAUCUACACCACCAGCUCUUUGAAACUGUCCUGCAUUGCGAUUUAAAGCCAACCAAUAUUUUGCUUGACGGGGACAUGAUUGCACAUGUUUCCGACUUUGGCAUUUCCAAGUUGCUGGUUGGAGAUGACAACUCCAUCACAUUGACAAGCAUGCCUGGCACUGUAGGAUACAUGGCUCCAGAGUUUGGAACAACAGGAAAAGCAUCAAGGGAAAGUGACGUUUACAGCUACGGGAUUGUUCUCCUUGAAGUCUUCACAAGAAAAAAACCGACUGAUCCAAUGUUUGUUGGUGAGUUGAGCUUGAGGCAGUGGGUUAGUCACGCAUUCCCAUAUGAACUCUCAAAGGUUGCUGACUGUAGCCUGCUGCAAGAUGCACCAAAUUAUAGUAUUGAAGAUGAAAGUAAGCCUCCUGAGGAUUGCACCGUCUUGAAUACCUGCCUAACGUCCAUAUUUGAUUUGGCCUUGCUUUGCUCAAGAGUUGCACCUGACGAAAGGAUCCCAAUGAGUGACGUGGUUGUGAAGUUAAACAAGAUCAAGUCAAAUUACAGUUCGCAGCUUGGGAAGUAAGGGAGCUCAUCGAGUGUAACUUCCAUUCACCAUAACACCUGUCAUUCCCAACUUUUACCUCAUACUGGUGAUAAUCCAGACAAUCUGAUCAGUAAGAACUAAGGGAACAACACUUUUCAAGCCCUGGCGCGAGUCAAAAAGAAAUGGAUUUUCAGAAGUACUAGUUGCAAGCACUAAACUGCCAGAUCCUCACAACAGGCGCUCAAAUCACAGAAAGAGUAAGUACAUGCUUGGAACAUCAGGAAAGAUUGGAAUUAGCGUACUUUUCCAAUGCAAGUAAAUCAGUACAGACAGGAGGUGGCUGCAGGCUUUGAGGAAGCUUUGUAACUCCUGAUUCCAUAACGAAAUAUCAAGAAGAUUUCCUGCUUUAUUGUUCGAUAGACCAACUCUUGCAAUUUCUGGUGUUGCCUAAGAAAAUCAGCAUAUUUCUGACAUCAGGUUUCUAUGUAUCCAAGCAAUCAUGAAAUGGUUACAAAAGAUAAAAUGCUAACAUUCUCAAACUUAUUUGCA